AAGCCGAAGCACCACCCCGAAUCCGCGUGACGUCACGGCCGAGCUCCAACGCGAUUGGUUAGCAAGCCCGUCACUCAGCGCUUAGUGCCUGCGAACAGGGAAGAGCGGGUUUAGCUAAGAAAAUUAUAAGGUCAUUUUGAAUUACCGGGAGCUACAGCCAAUCUGCCUUUUACAAAUAAAUAUAUAUAUUUAACAAAUGAUAAUAACAGACUAGGUGAAAUGGCGACGGAUAUCAGCAGGCGGAAGAUUCACCGGCACUGAUAUUUAAAAAAAGAAAGCGGGGGGAAAAAAAACCCACUGUAGAGGUUUGGUUUUAAUCUGAUCAAGGUGGGAAUUGAACGGAAAGGUGGUGCUUACACAUCGCGCCGGAUUGCGGAUAGACACAAAGCGAGGAUGUUACGGCUGGCGUGUACCACCGUCCUGCUCUUCGUGCUCAGGCUGGUCCUGGCUCUGCCCUGGUUUCAGGUUCUUCCUGCUGUCGUCAUCUUCUUCCUGGGAACCGGAGGAUGGGACUCGCUGCGUGUGUUUAUGAAGACCAUCGGCCGAGACCUGCAUGCCGCCGUAGUGCUGCUGAAAGUGAAGCUGAACGUGAAGCGACACCUGCAUGAGCGUAACACCAUCCCCAAGAUCUUCGCCGAGUCGGUACAGAAGUACGGCGACAAGACGGCGCUGAUCUUCGAGGGCACGGGCGAGCGGUGGAGCUUCAGGCAGCUGGACGAGUACUCGAACCGUGUGGCCAACCUGCUGCACGAGCGCGGCUUCAGGGAGGGCGACGUGGUUGCUCUGUUCAUGGAGAACCGCUCGCAGUACGUCGGUCUGUGGCUGGGCAUGGCCAAGAUGGGCAUCGAGGCGGCGCUCAUCAACUUCAACCUGCGUCUGGAGGCCCUGGUGCACUGCGUCAACAUCUCCAACGCCAAAGCCGUGGUGUUUGGCAGCGAGCUGACUGACGCGAUGUGUGAGGUGCACAGCUCCAUGGGGAAAUCCGUAAAGCUCUUCUGUUCUGGUGAUUGGGAUCCCAAGCGAGUACCUGAGGGAACCGAGUGUUUAGAGCCACUCCUCCAGGCCGCACCCACACACAAGCCCAGCCAACCACAGCGCGGCUUCACCGAUCGUCUCUUCUACAUUUACACAUCUGGAACUACUGGAAUGCCGAAAGCUGCGAUCGUCGUCCACAGCAGGUAUUACCGUAUGGCUGCUCUGGUGUAUUACGGUUUCAGGAUGCGGUCGGAGGACGUGCUGUACGACUGUCUCCCGCUUUACCACUCGGCAGGGAACAUUGUGGGCGUCGGCCAGUGUCUGAUCCACGGCAUGACCGUCGUCAUCAAGAAGAAGUUCUCAGCAUCCAAAUUCUGGGAGGACUGCAUCAAAUAUAACUGCACGAUCGUGCAGUAUAUCGGUGAGAUCUGUCGUUAUUUGCUGAAUCAGCCGGUGCGGGAUGUGGAGCAGCGUCACCGUGUGCGCAUGGCGCUGGGUAACGGUCUGCGUCAGUCCAUCUGGGAGGAGUUCAUGCAGCGCUUUAACGUACCGCAGAUCGCAGAGUUCUACGGCGCCACUGAGUGUAACUGCAGCCUCGGCAACUUCGAUAACAAGACCGGUGCGUGUGGCUUUAACAGCCGUAUCCUGCCCUUCGUCUACCCCAUCCGUCUGGUCAGAGUGAACGAGGAGACCAUGGAGCUCAUCAGAGGACCUGAUGGAGUGUGUAUACCAUGUGGUCCAGGUGAACCGGGUCAGCUGGUGGGCAGAAUCAUCCAGAAUGACCCCCUGAGACGCUUUGACGGCUACGUUAACCAGUCCGCCACCAGUAAAAAGAUCGCACAGAGUGUCUUUAAGAAAGGGGACAGCGCUUACCUGUCAGGAGACGUGCUGGUGAUGGACGAGUUCGGCUACAUGUACUUUAGAGACCGUACGGGAGACACGUUCCGCUGGAAGGGUGAGAACGUCUCCACUACUGAGGUGGAGGGAACGCUGAGCCGCCUGCUGGACAUGAAGGACGUGGUGGUGUACGGUGUCGAGGUCCCAGGUGCAGAGGGUAAAGCCGGCAUGGCGGCCAUCGCAGACCCGGACCACACCACAGACCUGGGGAGGUUCAGCAGGGAGCUGGAGAAGGCGUUGCCCCCCUACGCCCGCCCGGUGUUCCUGCGCUUCCUGCCUGAGGUCAACAAGACCGGAACCUACAAGUUCCAGAAGACGGAGCUACGCCGCGACGGUUUCGACCCGACCGUGGUGUCUGAUAAGCUCUACUUCCUGGACUGCACUAAAGGAUGCUACGUCGAGCUGGAUGCCAAACUGCACCAUAGCAUCGCCUCGGGGAAACAAAAAGUUUAAAGAAACCACUGCCGACUCCGCCCACUUCCUCAAACUUCCCUCAUCAGACCCCUCCUCCCUAGGAACCUUUCCACGCCUCGUCCCUCGUUACCUCAGCAACCGCAGCGAGGGGUAGCAGGAGCACUCCACCUCCCAGUUCACCCGUCCGUUCAGACACCCGAAGUGCCCCACCCUCGACCUACCGUGGGCAGGAUGACACACAGACGUCGAUACAAACACUUUGAUAUGCGCUAUAGCGGUUUCUGGCACAAGGAGAGAGAGCGAGAGAGAACACGCCUCCUCGGUUCGUUCUGCACAGCGGCGGCGGCUUGUUUGUAACAUUGAUCUUGAACGCACUCCAAGAAAAGAAAAGAAAAAAAUCCCUCUCUGCUCAGCGAAGGGACCAAAUCGACACGCAUCACGUGUCCGUCCACGUGCAGCAGAGCGAACAGACAGCCAUAAAAGUGACUCGGUGUUCAAAUGCUAUUUAUUUCAAACUUUACCUGCACCAAAAAAUAUUUAAGUUGUAGAAUAGCGUUUAUUUAUAAAAACGUAUCGUAAACAUCGAAUGCAUCAUCUGUGUACAGCUUUGGUGCGAGCGGUUACUGCGCCUGGCUACCGAUAUUCAUUCUUCCAUACCUGUAGGGGGCGGUGUGUGAAAGCGUGUGUGUGUGUGUGUGUGUGUGUGUGUGUGUGUGAGAACUGAAUGUGUCCACGUACGUGGCAUUGUGCGGACCGCACUGUCAGGUCGUACGUCCGAGAAUUCUACACGGCUUCGCGUGGAGGAUCUGGCGCUCGUAGCCACGCCCCCUCGUGCGAGAAAUGAAAACGAUGAAAGGGAACUCGUUUUAAUACACCGUUAUCUGUUUGUUUGUUAGUUUGUUUUAAAGUGGCAGAAGCAUGGCUGCUGAACAGACGGAGCAGUGUGCCUUAACAUGAGCUCAGGCCCUGUCCUAAUCCACCUCACCGUAUCUGGCUCCCUUCCUAGGCUCCCUCCUCCGAAUCUUCCUGUCCGUUUCCUGUAGGUUUUCUCCUGACGAGAUAAACACUCCUGUACUUAUUGGCUCACGUUAGCAAAAUAUAUUAAUAAAAAUCCUCCUAUAUGUGUAUCGAUAAUCAGGUGCAUAAGAAUACAUUGCGAUAUUUACUAGGGAUGCAUCCAUACCAU